AUGUUAACAAUAGUUGCUGUAGUGACGGCAAACGGCUCGCUAUUUGUUGGGUUGCUCGGUUUUUCUAACCCCACGAACAGAACUUUCAAUGGAACGUGUUGUGGAGGAGAAAACCCUGACUACUGUUCCUCCGAUUGUCGUCUGCUGUUUGAUGUUACCGUUGUUGGUCUAGACGAGAAACAAACCAAAACUCCUUUGGAAACAACGAUUCUGGGAUCCAAAGUUAUAACAAUACCGUCGUCAUAUGAAAUGAAAAAUCCGUUGUCAUUCUCAUUCCGGAAGUGGCCCGGAGAAGUGGACAUACUUGUUAGUAUCUACGACAUGAACAGAGAAAACAGAAAUUUAGUGGAUAAAUUUAGAUUCACGUUUCAAUAUGCAAAACCGGAUCUCAACUACAGAAAUGAUACAGAAUUUGGAAUUCGAUCACAAAACAAGACAGCAUUACGACUAAUUCUUCGAUACAACUGUGAUAAGUAUUACUUUGAAGAAGACGAUUGCAGCAAAUUGUGUUCCCCUGGAAAUACCCCAUGUCCAAUCCGACCAACCGGAACCCCCCAGUCUAUUACGGAUUGGAUUCUUUUACUUACUACUGAAAAACCAAGCACCGGAAGAAUAUGCCCUACAACUAACACAAAUCCGGCAAUAGUGAAAACAUUAAACUCAAACGAAACUACUGUGAACUGUACAUACGAGAAUUCCACAUCGACAACUGCGGGGAGUGCAUAUUCUACAGAUAACGCCAUGGUUAGUUCUGACACAGUCACUUCAACAGAAACAGUUAUAUCAUACACGGCUUUAGAAACUACAACAACUAUGUCAUCUAGUGAAAAUAAAGAGACUACAUCUCCUACAGAGGAUUUGCUACUGUCAUCACUUUCUAGUCACAUGACGUCACAGGAACCGAAGAGUACCAAAACUAUAACGACCUCAACACAAUCAACUACCUUAAAACCAACGACACACUCAUCCUCCUUAAAACCAACCAUACACUCACCUUCCUUAAAGUCAACAACACAACAAAGGAAGACCUCUGGUUCGAAAACCACAAAAAAUAAACUUCCAACGAAUAGGGUGGCAGGUAUAUCCACACCAGAACCAACUCCAUCUCUUUCAACAUCUUUUCCAAUAUCAUCAACCCAUCAAACAUCGAAAGAAAUUCCUGGUGACGGCAAGACCAUCAAUGAUGACGCAAUGAAGUACUGGCCCGCUAUUGUUGGAGGAGUUUUGGGGAUAAUUGCCAUUAUUGCAGUACUUGGGGUUUUCAUAUACGUAAGAAAAUUAAGAGCUCAGCAAAAUAAAACGGAAGACAUUUACAAUGUUAACCCACAAACUUGGAUUUUAGAGACCAAUGAAAACGGAACUUCGGGUAUGUCUGAAAUUGCCCUUGAAACAGAACUAGUAUGACGUCACUGUGACUCCAAACACGUUAAGUGAAAUUGUUGCUUUUCUACUCAGUAGUUUUGAAGUGAGAGGAAAUUGCUUUCCAUUUUCGAGAAGAGUACAAGAAUGUGGGAGAUUUUUUUUACAGGGUGUGAUCACAUGGAUACGUGAGUUCAAGGGAAGAAAAGUUAUGUUCUUUGAUAUGAACUUGUGUUUGUUAAUCCCUUUAUUGAGUGGAUUAUUCAAUUUAUAACUGGUAUUACUUUUCCAUUUUCGCCCUGACAUCAUCACCGAAGUAAGAUCUAACAAGAAUUCACGUGUACUUCCGUAUUAAUGAAACCGAACCUUUGAGUUAUCGCAUGUUUUAGUACAAAAAAACGACGACAAUAUUCAGAAAAAGGAUUAAAAGGUAUUUUCUUUCUCGAAAAUACGCUGAGGAUAUUUUCGUGUUCAACAAGGAAAGGAAAUGUAAAUUGUUUUUUAAUCUCUGUUAGUUUAUUGCACUCCAGAUAUGUUUUAUGACCAAUAUCGUCGGUAUGUUACAUGACGUAAUACGUUAGUAACCAAUCAAAUCUAAUCCCUUAUUAUUUUUGCACACGUUUAUAUUGUAUUCACUAUUGCAUGUAUCGAUUGCUUGUUUAUUCCGUUACCUUUCGUCGUCAAUCAGACGACAACGUCUAUUUCAAACAAUAUACGAUGUAAUAAAAUAUAUUUAUGUCAGCAUUGCUUGUAUCUUGUAAUUGCAUUGUGAUUGAUUUGCAUCAAUUGAUAUCCAUGUGUGUGUUCAUGAACCGGAGGUGCGUAUGAUUCUGUGCUAAGGUUAGGAAAUGAUGCAACAAAUGUGGAAAUGAAUGAAUACAUUGACAAUCAACAGACAGACGCGAGUCGCGAUACCUAAGAUUAUGUGUCAUUUGAAACGAGAGAGA